UAUUAUUAGACAUCCCUCCAUUUCUUUUCUUCUUUCUCUUUCUCUUUCUCACCAUCCGUUUCUUCAGAAUUACCAUACUACUCAGAUGGGAAGGGGUAGGGUUCAGCUCAAACGGAUCGAGAACAAAACAAGCCAGCAAGUCACCUUUUCCAAACGGAGAACGGGACUUCUCAAGAAAGCCAACGAAAUCUCUGUGCUCUGUGAUGCUCAAGUCGCUCUGAUUAUGUUCUCUACCAAAGGCAAGCUUUUUGAGUAUUCCUCCGAACGCAGCAUGGAAGAUGUCUUGGAACGUUACGAGAGAUAUACUCAUACAGCACUCACUGGAACCAACAAUGACUCGCAGGGCAAUUGGUCUUUCGAAUAUAUCAAGCUCACUGCAAAAGUUGAAGUCUUGGAGAGGAACGUAAGGAAUUUCAUGGGAAAUGGGCUGGAUCCCUUGAGUUUGAAAGAGCUUCAGAGUUUGGAGCAGCAGCUUGACACAUCUCUGAAGCGCAUCCGAACAAGAAAGAAUCAAGUUAUGAAUCAAUCUAUCUCAGAGCUGCAUAAAAGGGCAAGAACAUUACAAGAGCAAAACAGCAAGCUAGCAAAGAUGAAAGAGAAAGGGAAGACAUUGACUGAACGUCCACAGAGUGUACCAGAAACUCUUGGCCAAAAUUCAACCAAUCUCAACUUAGCUUCUCCACAGCUAUUACCACCACAAAGACUUGUUCCUUCUUUAACUCUCAGUGGGCCAUUGCAAGGAAGAGCAACGAUGGAGGAAAUGGGUGAAGCUCAAACAGUGCCAACUGGCAAUUCACUCAUCCCACCAUGGAUGCUGCAUAUCUGACAUCAUUACGUGACAUGUCAGAUAAUUAAUGUGUAACGCUCAAUUAUAUAUAUUAUGUAUCUAUAUCUAUAUCUAUAUAUCUUAGAAUAGCUAAUUUAAAUAUGCCGAGCUUAAUAACGGCUCAAACUUAUUGCAUGGUUCAU